AUGGCGCCGUUAUCAUGGGUGUUGAUUUUGACUAGGCUCGUAUAUUCGCUGAAUGUUGAUGACGCCAACAUUGAAAAUUUUAAUGACACGUUUAGAAAUAUAAACGAAUCCCUGGACGCUGCAGAAUGGGACAAAUCACUUAAUUUUACAGAGUUUGAGGAAAAUUCCACUUUGUCUGUGUCCACGGCAAUCACUGCGGCCACUGAAGCGGUCACUACGUUCACCAACCACACUGGCGUAUUAGAGACAACCACUCAAAGCUACGGGACUGCAAAUGGAAAUCUGGUUACUGAUAGCUACGAGAAGUCGACCACAAUGUCCACACGAUCGAGUACGUCAUCGCAACCUUUACCUCUCUCCGGUGUCCUCCCUCCGGUUAUCGAUGUCUUAGGUCUUUGUCCGUGUAACGUAAGGAGUAAACAGUGUGAUGUAAACUGCUGCUGUGACCCGGACUGCACAGAGGAACUCGCCAUGUUCACAACUUGUUUAACUGAGAAAGUCAUUGGCGAUCCUCGGCUCUGCAGUCAGGUAGCGGUCUCAUACACCCUCAGGAUGGCACCAGACGGAUUUAGUCAAGUACAGUCUUCUUUCAGCAAAGAGGUCAAUCCUAAUGUAUUCUGCAUACAGUCAGCAAAUUAUGAAGCUGGCCUAGUUUAUGCCACUCCUAGAGUUCCUACAGAAGGGAAUUUCAAUGCUAUAUUUGACCAAUUUGUUGGAUUCUCCUUUGGUAACUCCAUGGAAAACAGUGUGCAGCUCAGCACUGAACCAGGAAACUCCCCAGGAUACCAGUAUGGAGAUGCCAUUCAGACAGAAGAUGAGGCUGGGGCUCGUGAAUUCUUUAGGCUUCCUGUCUCUGCUGGAACUGCUUAUUGCUUAGAUGCAAACCCUGCAGCAUUCUUACAGGAUCAGACAAGCAGGUGCAUGAGAAACUUUGCCUUGGCAAGUGACUGUACCUUACUGAGUGCACUGAACCUGCAGACCUAUUCCAGCAUCCUGCUGCUGUCAGGCAAGGACAAGGAUGCUGAUGUGGUGGCUGUGGAGGUAGCAGCUAUUUCCCUGCAGUCUCUGGAGGGGACACAAGCCCUGGUUGACCUUGUCGACACUUCUCUAUACACACCAGUUCUUCUGGUACCUGUAGGAACUGAUUCUGUGGUGUGCAACAACGUGGUCUUGCAGGUCAAGUACGUGGUCACAUACAGUGAAGCUGGAGAGAUUGUGAAUGUGACUGCAUCAUUUGUACUUGGAGCAGUCAACCUCAGCAUGGUGCCUGUCCAGCAAGAGUUUCAGAUUACCUUUGUGCAGGAUGCCGCAAAUGCACCAUUGAUUCGCUUCAGCGGUAAUCCCGGAUACAUAGUUAGACUGCCCCUUCUGGCAGGGUCAAGAACAGCAGAUGGGAUUAUUCAGAGUACUGAUCCAAAAGGAAGUCUUACUGUCUUGCAGAGCUCUAGGGAACAGGACUGUCUCUCAGGCUCUUUACAGCGCUCUCCUGUCCUGUUUGGGGUAGACAUGGUGUCUGGCUGCACUCUGAGGUUGGAGGACACUGCUAACUGUUCGGUAGUGUCUGAGCUUAUUUUGAGGAUGCUUAAGGGUCAGAGUUUCCCAGAGUAUGUGGCAUCAUUUGGGAACUCCUCACCCGAGAACCCUCUGGACUGGGUCCCAAUCACAAACAAAACUACACCAACGGGCACACAGGGUUGCAGUAUACCACUGUCUUAUCACCUCGAUGUGAGAUGGACUAAGUAUGGGACUCUGGAUAACCCCCAAGCUCAGAUUGUCAGCGUCAUGGAACUGAUCCAAACUAAUGCAACCAGUUUGGACUCUCUCUCCAGUGGCAGCAGUCUCCUCACAGUCUCCAGCUCAGUAUCUUUCACUGAUGUGUCUGCUCCUGCCAGCCCAGGAUUCAAAGUCUCUCCUACAAUUGAUGCCAAAUUGCCUUUUGAUUUCUUCUUUCCAUUUGUAUAGAGAUGCUGAUACAAGCAGCAAGAUUAUUUUGAAAGAUGCACUGUA